UCAGAACCCCAAAUGGAUAAUCCUCCUUCUGCAACGCUAUCACCACCGCCAUGGGAGGUCCUUGUUCUCGUCGCUCACUACCUUGACCCCAAAACCCUCGCCAUAGCUUCCUGCGUCUCAAACUCAUGGUCGUCUUCAAUGUCUUCCGACCACCUCUGGAUACCAUUCCUCACCGCCCAUUUUCCUUCUCUCUCGAACCUUCCGUCUUCUUCUGCAGAUGCCGUUUCAUGCCGCCGUCUGUUCGGAAUAGGCCACUCCGCUGUCAAGCGCCGCCGCAAGAAUCCCACAAAGCUGAAGCUCUCCCUCGCAGACCUCGUUUUCGCCGUCUCAAUUUCCUCGGCCGAUUCCAGCGUCUUCUCCGUGACAAAAUCCGGCGAGUCGCUGGUUAUGGAUCCCCCGGGCGUGUUUCGCUUCGACGUUGGCUUUGGCUCCGAUGGUGCGGCGGUUGAAGAAAGCGUGAAGGAGGUGAAGAUCACGUGGAACGUGAUAUUGAAAGGGUGGAGAGAGGUUUUCACCAUGAUGAGCUGUAAGGGGAAAAUUAAUUUUGUGGCUGGUGCGGAGGGGUGGUUCUCGAAGGAGCUUCCAGCUCCAGGGUGUUGCUCGAGUGCGGUGGGGAGUGCAGUGGUGGCGGAUAUGAACGUGGGAUUAAUGUGCGGUGAAAAGAGGAGUAAUGGGAAGGUGAAGGUGAAUAAGGUGAGUGUGGGGAUUUUGAGUGUUGUGGAUUGGAGGUAUAUUAGUGUUCAAGAUGGUCUUAGGUAUUUGCAACAUUUUCUGCUAACUUAAAUCCAACCUUUUUGCUUUGGUAGGCUCUUGUUUGUAAAUUGUAAAAGUAGCUAAUGGCUUAUCACUUAUUGAGUAUGUUGUUCUAUACACUAUGGAGUAUGAGUGGAGUUUUGGGUCAAUCUCGUUUGUUUGGUACA